AUUCAAUAGUAAGCUAAUAGUUCUCAGCCUACUUCUUGCUGUUCCUGCACUGCACAAGUAAUGCUUGCUUCCACCCACCAACCAGAUGAAUGCACGACGGAGAAGAAGAACCUUGCAGUUACUUACUCACUUUAGUAUCUCAACGGUUCCCCCGGCUCUCGUCGGUCUGCCCAGCGUUGGAUGACUCAGCCGCAACUACACACAGAAAAAGUUCAUUCCCAGUGGUACGGAGGACGGAGUACCGGCACAAUAACAAAUUGUGCGUCCAUGUUGUUAAUUGCGUCGACACUGAUGAUGAUGAUGAUGAUGAUGACAGGAGGCUGCAGUUGAAACUAUUUGCUGCGAGGCAUCAAAAUGCAUUCAGGGAUAUGUACGGGGUAGUAUAUCAGAACCAUUCAGAGUUAUUGGUUAGAUUGUUACAUUGACUGGGCGCUCUUGCUUUUGUGCACCUGCACGACUGAGAACCUCAAAGCUACUGCUACCUUUUUGACCACAUAUCUUUUAUGAUUGCUGCACAUAUUGAGUCGUUAGCGGCUGCCUGCCUUACGGGAAUCACCCCCAGCUUGAUCGGC